AUGUCAAGUAUCUACAAACUUUCCCUUAAAGGUAUAAGAGCAUUUGAACCAGAACACGAUGAAACAAUUCAGUUUGGAUUUCCUUUGACUUUGAUUUGUGGUCAAAAUGGAUGUGGUAAAACCACAAUUAUCGAGUGUUUGAGAUAUGCAACAACAGGGAAUCUUCCUCCAAACUCCAAAGGGGGCGCGUUUGUUCAUGAUCCAGGAUUAAGUUCACGCGUUGCAGUUCAUGGGGAAGUAAAAUUGGCAUUCAAGAAUGCAAAUGGCAAAUCCAUGAUCACUACACGCAGUGUUUCCGCUACUAUGAAAAAGGGCGGAGCUGGUGGAGGAGCUGGUGGAAACGGGGGACUCACAUUCAAGACCCUUGAAGGACAAUUGGCUUAUAUUGAAAAGGGACAAAAGACAGCAAUAUCUUCAAAAAACGCAGAGAUGGAUGCUCAGAUUCCCAUUUUUUUAGGAGCUUCCCCUGCAAUAUUAGAUAACGUGAUUUUUUGCCAUCAAGAUGAUAGUUUAUGGCCAUUGAGUGAGGCGUCAGUAUUGAAGAAGAAAUUUGAUGAUAUUUUUGAAGCCUCGAAAUUCACCAAAGUGAUUGAUAACUUGAAAACAAUAAAGAGGGACAUGUCAGUUGAUAUCAAACUAAUCGAACAAAGUGUAAAUCACUUGAAGAUAGACAAAGACCGAGCAAAAAAAGUAAAGGAUAAAUUGGCACAAAAGACACAAUCAGUAGAUCAUUUCACCAUGGAAAUUAGUGAGCUUAAUAUCAAGAUUGAAAAGAAAGAAAAAGAGGCUGACCAAUUAUUUGCUUCAAAUCAAGAAUUCCAAAAGACAUUGAGCGACUAUGAAAACUUAUUGAUGAAAAAGGAGUCACUCGAGGAAAGCAUUGAAAAGUUAAAAACAACAAUCACUAUACUUCAAGAUACAGAUGAAGAACUUUACCACAAACAAGAAAAUUUUGCCUCAAUCAAUACUGAGAAAUCAGCCAAAAUUGAAGAGUUGCAAACGGAGAGUUUUGACUUGGAAAAGCAAUUGAAAGAUAAAUCUGCCAUUUCAAAUGAGUUGAUUAGACUCGAUGGGUCAUUAAAGGCAAAAAAAGCAGAGUACGAAUCUAAUGAAAAAAAGAUUAAGGAUAUAAUUCAUGAACAUGCUGCUUUAAUGAAAUACCUAGAACAAGAUAAUAUUUCUGUAGCUAGUUUCAAAAAAAGCGUUGAAGAAAGCCUUGCCUCUGCCAAAAGGCAACAAAAGGAUUUCGUUGUUGAAAGUAAAGCAAAAGAAUCAAUACAACAAUCCAAGUACCAGGAUGUAUGCGACUCAAUACUAAAAAAUGAACAAACUUGCAAUUACCUAAGUCAAGAAGUCUCGAGUAAUCAACAAACUUUAUUGACUUUAAAGAGAAAAUUGGACGUCAUUGCUAGCGAUGAAAAUGAGUUGACUGUAAAACGAACAGAACUAGAACAAAUAAAUCAAGAACUCAGUACAAAGAAGAAGCUAAAUGAAGUCAAAAGCUUUGAUUCAAAGAUUAUUGAAUCAAAUGAAGAAAUCUCAAAGUUGGAAUUUGAACUUGACGAAAUUUCAAAAAGAUUAGUUACCGGUAACAAACAGUCUGAACUAAAGUCGAAACUCAAAUAUCUUGAAGAUUCGAUGAAACAAAAAGAUGACGCUGUUCAAGACAUUUUAAAGAAGCUAAACGACAGAUACAAGAAGAUUGUUGGAUCAGAUGUGGAUAUUGAUGUUGCUGAGGUAAAAUUUAAUGAAAAACUUGUACAACUUACCUUGGAUAUGGAAGAACAACAAAGAAAAGUGUUUAGUUUAGAAAGCGAACUAGAAUCGGAGAAACGUUCUCGAGAAGCCAUUUUUCAAUCCAGGGAUGAAAAUAAUAAAAAGACUAAACAACUCAAACUGGAACUAUUAGAAGUUAUUCAAGAAGACGAGAUUAAUGAUUAUGAGACUGUGGUAGAGAAUUUGGAAGACGAUUAUCGAAAUGUGAUGGAAGAUGUUAAUACUGCUGAGGUUACCAAAAAGUAUGGAGACUCUGCAAUGGAGGUGGCAAAGAAGAACAAUUGCUGUCUCUUGUGUAAGAGAACUUUUAACAAGGAUGAAUUGGAAAGGUUUAUUGAGGAUUUGAGAAGAGGUUUUGAUGAGAAAAAGACUCAAGAGGUAAAAAUGAGUGCUAAUGAGAUAGGUAAAGAAUUGGAGGAAACGAAAAAGAUAGGGCUAAAAAUUGUAACUUAUAGAGAGUGUUUGUCACUAAAAGCUACUUUUGAGACUCAAAUUGAGUCAGCGGAUGCUAAAAUAAACCACGUAAACGAACUUUUAAAGCAAGAAAAAAGUAAACAUGACUUGCUUAAGUCGAAUGUGGAUUCUGCUAAUUUACUAAAGAAACCUUUAUCUGAUACUACUAGAUUAAAUUCAGAGUCACUGGACCUUGCUAUUCAAAUCGACGAUUUAAAUGAUGAAUUGGAAAGUUAUGGUUCUGGUGCUGCAACUCUAACUGUGGCGCAGCUUCAAGCACAACAACAAGAGGUGAAUAAAAAAAUCAAGGGUUUAAGGGUAGAUUUGAACGAAUGUACAGAGCAAAAAUUUAAAGCUCAAAGAGACCUUCAAAAAUUGGAGGGCAAAAUCAAGGACACAAAGUUGGUCAUAAGUAAUCUUGAGCGAUCACUCGCCGAGGUCCACAAUGUAAAAAAGUCUAUUAAGGACAUUGAAACCGCAAUCGAGCAAGCUGAAAUGAAGAUUGCUGGAAUUCAAAAAAAGCUCGAAGAGUUACGAAAAGAAAAACAAAUGGAGUUUGAGAAGUUGAGCGAGAUUCAAAGACUAAACAGUUUAGAAGAAGAAAGCUUACAACGAAAUACAGAGCAAAUCUCCAAGAUUUAUUCAGAUUUCAUAAACUUGAAAAAUGCAAUAGAAGAGUAUGAGACAAAUGACAGGGCAGAAUUGGAGAAGAAUACCGUUGAGAUGGAAAACACUAUUCAAGAGAUUGAAUGUAUCAAACAGAAAAUGAAUCAUUUGUCCCAACAGAUUAAAGUUCUUGAAAAAGAAGUGAUGGAUUCAUCAAGAAUCGAACAUAAUAUAAUAGCUAAUAUUGAUUAUCGUCUGCAAAUUCAUAAAUUGGAUGAAACUGAUUUUCAAAUCAAUGCUAUGGAUAUUGAAAAUGCACAGGUGAAAAAACUCGAGUAUCAAGAACAUUCGAGGCGGUUGAGGGAUGAGCUUUCCGAGCUCACUUCUCAACAUGCAGGAAAGAUUGGAGAAGUGAAACAGAUCAAAGACCAAAUUGAAGGAUUAAAGAAGGAGUUGGAGACUGAGUACAAGAAUGUCAACGAACUAUACCACGAGGAAUGGAUUAAGCUUCAAACAAAUCUACUAGUGUCAAACGACAUCCAAAACUAUUCAAAGGCUUUGGACAAUGCUAUUAUGAAGUUUCAUAGUAUAAAAAUGGAGGAUAUCAAUAGAAUCUUGGGUGAUUUGUGGUCUCAAACAUAUAAAGGAUCAGAUAUUUCUACAAUAGCUAUUAAAAGCGAUGUUAACUUGCAGGCCAAGGGUAACAGAUCUUAUAAUUACAGAGUUGUCAUGGUAAAGGAUAAUAGCGAGUUGGAUAUGAGGGGAAGAUGUUCUGCUGGACAAAAAGUGUUGGCGAGUAUUUUGAUUCGGUUGGCAUUGGCGGAAUGUUUUGGUGCAAAUUGUGGUAUGAUUGCUUUGGAUGAGCCAACUACGAAUUUGGAUAAUGAAAAUGCGGAAGCGUUGGCAUUGGCAUUGAAUAGAAUAAUUGAGUAUAGAAAACAGCAACUGAACUUUCAACUCAUUGUCAUUACACAUGAUGAAAAGUUCUUGACUCAUAUUCAAGGUGAUCGAUUUACUGACCAUUUCUACAGGAUCCAAAGGGACGAAAAGGCAAAAUCAAGAAUCUAUAGUUUACCUAUCAGCCGUAUACAGGAGUAUUGA